GCCAUAUAAGGCAUGAACCAAUGGAUGAAGAGUACCACUAGUUUGGCUUCUACUCUUUCGUCUUCCAACGAUCCCUUCGUCUCUCCACUGAUUAUCACUCCCAACUCUACGGCUUAUGCUCCGCCUCACCCUGGCUCUCCAAAUUCACUCAUCGUUCCAAUGAUAUGUCAGAUGCGCAAUGGAGGAACUUUUGAGCGAAUUUACCGAUUCUUACAAUCGUUUUUGCGAUUUUCGGUUUGGCCGUCAAUGCAUUCAGAGCCUGUUUUCGACUCAAAGCCAGAGGAAUGUCUUUCCUUUGGCUUUUCAUUUCUUUCAUUUACCUUACUUAUUUGCACGGAGCUUGCAUUGUGUUCAUCUUAGCAAUCGCUUUGCUUAAUUAUCUUCUAGUUGAGAUAUUUGCACGAAAGAACUACUUCUUACUUGUACUCUGGAGUUUUAAUAUCUUUUUUCUUAUAUGCAAUCGCGUUUAUGAAGGAUAUUCAUUCUCCAUAAUAGGGCAACAGUGGGCUUACUUGGACAACUUCCGAGGCACCUUUAGAUGGCAUAUUUGCUGUAACUUUGUUGUUUUGCGCAUGAUAAGCUUUGGAUAUGAUUACCAUUGGGCAGAUCAAGAUUCUCGUUUUGAUCAAGAGGGUUUCAAAGAAGAAAUCUCAAAUUUCACACUCUUUGUCAAUCGCUGCCUUCCGAAAGUUUUCUCCACUUCGAAAUAAACUUUUUGUAAUGCAAGGAACGCUAUUGUGCUUUGAGUCUGAUGCAUUGCAGUUGCAGAAGAACAACAAAUUUUGAUCUUGGUAAACAGGAACUACAGGGGAAAAUACUCAUUGCUCAUAUUGAUAUUUGGCCAAUAUAAUGGGCAGCGACUGUAUCGGAGGCUAUUGGCUUUGGGAGCC